GUCAAAAAAAAAAAGGAAAAAAAGGUCAAACGAACUCUAUCGUUAUAUCUGAUCUUAUUGUGAAGUUUAACACCGGAUGUUGACCACGACGCUCUACGUAUUGUUAUUGACGUAACCGUAGGGAGGGAUGCUGGCGCAGCCGCGACACAGCGCAGACGUCAGCCGGAGACUAUAGCCGCCGAAACUAAUCACGGUGGCCGCCCAGCACCUGAAAGAUCAAUCGCUUUUAUGAGUCGGGACGAUCAAUCAGCCUCCUGAAACCUUCGUUGGGAAAAAGCGGAAGUGUAAUUCACAGCCACGACUCAAUAUUGGUGACGACAUGGCUGAGUGUAACGUUAGCAUCGACAAGGAGAGGCUACCUGGCGUGAAAGAGGUUUGUCGGGACUUUGCUGUGCUGGAGGACCACUCCCUGGCUUACAACCUACAGGAACAAGAAAUUGAGAGCCACUUGGCAUCCAAUGUCCACAAGAAUCGCCUGGUGCAGCAGGAUCUGCAGGUUGCAAAGAAGUUGCAGGAGGAGGAAGACCAGAGAGCCAAGGCCCAGAACCAGAAGCAGCAUGUUGAAAUUGAGCGGCAAGAUGUAGAGAUUGCCCAGGAGAUUCAAGAACAACUGGUCCGACAGGCAGAGCAGCAGCGACAACAGGAGGAGAAAGAUGCAGCUAUCGCUCGCAAGCUGCAGGAGAAGGAGAUGAAAGAGGAACGGAGGAGACAGAAGCAUCUGGAUACAAACUAUGAGGAGGAGUACUUUGAGGAUCAAGGAGCUACAAGACGUCCCCUUGACUUGGACAAACUAACCAAUCAGAAACCUGCUUCACCGAGUCGAUACGAUCCAGUGAGUUCUCAUCGGGAUUACUCCCCUGAGUAUGAAUCAUUAGAGCCAAAAUAUGGCCGACACCCAAGGCAGGACCCUGCCGCACCCCACAGUAGACACAGGCAGCCUGAGCAGCUGUGGGAGGCGGAAGGUGGGCAGGGCAAGCAUGGAGAUCCAUACCCGGCUCACCUAUCAUCCCCUAGAAGCAGGCAGUAUCAUGAAUCCUCAGACCACCGGGAAGACUCUGAAAGAGUUGUUAGACGGAAGGAGAGACCUGCUCGACCUCCUCCACCGCAGAGCUCUAGAGAAAAAGACUGGGAUCGAGACAGAGCCAAGAAACGAGACAGAGAUCGGGACAGGGAGAUGGAGUGGGACCGGCACAGGAAAGACUGGGAUUACGAUAACAGACCGCCAAGAUCAGGAGCCAAAACGGAGUGGGAGCAAUCCAGAGCUAGAGGGCAAAGUGCUGAGAGACAGAGAGACAGAACGGGAUACAAGGACAAAGACAAGCGGCUGAGAACCAGGAGCCGGGACAGAAACCUCAGCGACGACGGCCCAAGACUGGAGAGGAUGUCCUGGGAGCAGGAAGACGAUCAUUUUGAGAGGGAACGAAAAGCCCGGAGUCGGCAGCGGGUCAACUCUAACCCAGAGGAUGUGUUCGAGGAGCAGCGGCGUGACCGAGGGAAAGGGGACCGCAAGUGUUACUGGGAGUCUCAUCAGGGGGAGGAGCUCGUAAAGGAACGCAAUAAUUCCCACCCCAACGAAGAGACAGGUCGGAUUGUGCACAAGUCGAGCGGGGAAAUUGUCGCAGAAAAUGAGUAUGACUUGACUGAGGCCACCAGGGGACUGACGAAGCUGGAUCUCCGUGAGCAGGAGCUCAAGGACAUGGAGGUGGCCAGGAGAAUGCAGGAGGAGGAAGUCAAGGCGAGCAAGAGUAAGAGCGCUGCUCAAGUGGCACAAGACGAGGAAAUUGCUCGCUUGCUGAUGGAACAAGAGAAGAAGGAGUACAGGAAGCAGCGUGAGCGGGAGAAAGAGAGGGAGCGAGAGAAGGAGAGGGAACGAGAGAGAAUGGCCAUGGAACGGAUGGCCAUGGAAAGGAGGCGACAUGAGGGGGAACACAGGCCAAAUAGCGAAGAUGUUGUCCGUCCUCGCACGAGAGACGAGUAUGAACACCAGCGGCAGAGGAACCACAACAAACCUGCCAGGCCUCCUCAGCCGCGCACACAUGACUAUGAGAAUGUAAACGCUGGUUACGGUUAUCCAGUCCACCCUGUGUCCCAGCGUGCACCGACCAGACCGGACCCUGCGUACAAAGGUAGAGUGCUCAACACAGGCCUUGCUCAUGUGGAUUUACCUGAGAAAUUCAUGUGAAUGCUAGACUGAUAAAGAGGUGGAAACAGUGACAUAUGAACACAAAUUGGGGAAUUGUAUCUUCACAGAUCUGUACACUUCCAUCGCCAAAAAUGCUCGUACUAUUCUUUAGAUAACUUGGACUGUAAACGACCAUUUUUGAAGCAGUAAAUGUAACUGGUAACUAUUGAAGGAGAGGACAAACAAACCAUCACACACAUACUCGCUGUCAAUUUAAAGUCGGCAUGUUUUUGGAUUAUGGUCAGGAACCAAGAUGCCCAUGCAAACUAGGUGGAAUGUACGAACUCUGCACAGAAAGGAUGCAGGUUCACUGCAGUCCUUGAGUGGCCUCCUCCAGGAGUCGAACCUGUGACCUUCCUCUUGUUAAAGAUGAUUUUUGCGAUUCAUUACAUUCAUGAAAAAGAUAUUUCUGUUCACAGAUGAAACUUGAGCAGCUGGUGGAAUGAGGAAGUGGUGUCAACUUUUAAAAAGCGUCCAAAAAUGUCUUUGAAGUUUCUGCAAAACUUGUUCUUUCCCCUGCUCUUGUCUUGUUCAAUGCAGUGUUGAGACGUGUCAGUUUUUUAGUCACCUAGAUGCUCUCAGCGCGUUUUUUUGUUUUCCAAAUUAAACUGCUGAAUGCUCACUUUUGGGGACAGUUAAGUCAAAUGUGUGUUGGAGUGUCGCAGGGGCACAGGUGAGGACAAGAACACGAGACACAUUUCUCACACCUUAAAAAAAACAACAACAUUCAUUUAGCUCGGAUGUGACAGUGAGAAGUGAUGACUGCAGACGUAGGAGAAGGAAACGUCAUCUUUGGGAAGUGAAGUUGAAAAACUUUAAUUACAGCCCGCCGUUUCCCCCUCAUGAUGGAUCUUCGUCUUCGCUGUCUUUUCCAGGUGCCUAUUACAAGCGGUGACUCAGGCUACUUCCAGACGAGCUGUCGGCGUCCCUGUGCCCUCUCUUCAUAUUUAUGUUCUCCAUUGAUGCUGUUUUGACCAAAUACUUUUGGGACAAUCUCAUGAAUUGGCAUUGAUUUUUCAUGUUUUUGUUACUGUUGCGUUCCUCUGUUUGUUGUUGUGUGAGCGCUGGCGACUUGCUUGAAUUUGGAGCGACGCUCAUCCCCACAUGGCGCUGCCUUGCUCCAUCACAAGGGCUGGAGGGGAGGAGAGAGAGGAAAUCUCUCAUGAGCUUUUUAAAUCGUGGGACGUGCCUGGUCAGUGAAGCACAGCUGAUACAGUGUCUUAGAUUCCAACAUGGCAGCUGCUCCACCUGCCUGUGCGCCCGUGUUUGUCUCGGCACUGGCUGGACUCACGUUUCCCUUCCUAUCAUCAAGGCGCCUUUAUCCACGUGCUGGCAUUGUGACGGACGGACGGACAGACAUCACGGGGCUGGUGUUGCCGCCGUCCGAGCUGUGCAUUUAACCGGUGAUAUGACUGUUUCUGAACCAUACUCUGAGUGUGACUCACUGCUUCUAUGUGCAUGCUUACUGAAGGUUAAUACUGUGUACACACUGCGUUUCAGCUGGAGCCAGUCACAUGGCUCAAAUUCAGCCCGAUCAUCUCUGACAUUGAUUGCCAGAAAUAUAAAGUGGCCAUUCCCAAAAAAUGCAUGUAGAGCGCUGACCUCGCGUGGACCUGAAUUUGUGCUCGUGCUUUACAGUGUUGACUGGAACAAAGGUUUCUGUCUCCUUUUAUGUAAAUAUCAGAUUUUUUUUUUCUCGUGCUGCCACAUCAUGCUCCCGGCCUGCUUGUGUUCUAAAUGUUUGUGUGGGAAAACUGGCAGAUUUUUUUUAAUUUUUUAUAUAUUAUGAAUGUUUGUUUUAUUUAAGAUGAGAGAAGUGAAGCAUUUCCUUUAUGUCCACCCCUUUAAGGUCAAGGUCACUUGCUGACAAAGAAACUUGAGAUUUGAAGGGAAGUGUUUUGUCUUUUUUUUCCUCCCCCAAUCCUGUCUAGACACUGAAUUAAGUGCAGUGGCAUCUUAAGUUAUCAAAUGAUUUAAUUCGCCGACUUCUGACCUUAACUGAUCGAAGUAGUCCUCUGUAAUCCUGCGACACCAGUACGAUUUAAACGUGCCAUAUAUUCAACGAAAGCCAGGGAGUCUCGGAAGUGACGACUGAUCCGUUCAUCUAAUUUAUUCUUUGAAGACAGCGCCACCUUCUGGACAUGAUCUGGCAAAAGCAACGGUCGUGUCGGCCUUCGUUUCGUACAAGUGAGCUGUCGUUUGCCAUACUUUUCUGUUGUCUUUUAAUUUUCUUAACAGCCCGGGCCUGGAUGCAAUUAAUAAAUCGUUUAUCAACACGUGGUGGAACAUGCUGUAUAUAUUUUUUUUCUAUAAAAAUGCUGUCAUAUGUUCGAAUUUUCUUUGAUCCCAUCAUGUAAUAAACUGUA